AUGCUGUCCAUGGUGAAGGGUUCACUCACCAACAUUCUAGCUCAGGACCCCAUUGGUGAUUACGAGCUCUGCACACGGAACUUUCGUGCUGGGAAAAACGACUUGAUUCAUGUUCAAGAUGGGGUUGAAAUUUCUUCUGGUAGGCUGAUUUCUGUCUUAUCGCUGGAAGUAAACGAUGUUGUGCGCCGCUGUGCGACAGCGUCUGAGGCCCAUUGUGUCAUAGACGCCUUCAAGCACGGGAUGGAUCUUCUCACCCGCCUGCGGCAUCCAGGCAUUCUGCGGGUAGUGAAGCCACUGGUUGACGAUAAGAAGCACCUACGUAUUGUGACCGAGCGUAUCUCAUUUUUGCUCCCAACUGAGCUUUCUAAUGGGUCCCUUUCACAGCAGGAAGUUCUCUUUGGAUUACUUGGUUGUGCUGGUGCCAUACAAUUUAUCCAUGAGCGUGGCGGUCACCUACUGUGCGAUUUCUGUCCCCAAGCUGUGUGCAUUGUUGAGGGGGAAUGGAAGCUCUUUGACUUCUCGCAUGCUGUGCCGGCCAACAACGCCACGUCGCUUGCUUCAUCGCAUCCACGCUCGGGUAUUGCGGCGCCAUUGUUGGACUACUGCUCCCCUGAACUCGUUGAGGCUUUCAAGGAAAAGGCGUCGGAGGACCUUUCUGUGUCGAGUCCUCGCGAGGAGAAGAGGCUAAAGCUGCCAGACAGCGAUAUCUUUUCCUUUGUGGUUGUGUGCGUGGAGGCCUUGUCUGGGCGCAAGGCCUUUAACUCCGGCGGUAGACCUGAACUGUACAGCAACCAGUACGCGGGUGUGGAAAAGGAGGUUGCCAAGUGGUUUUCGGGGCAACCGUUGUCCGUGCCGCGGCCCUCCUUCGCCACACUACGGAAAGAGCAGAUUUUUGCCACAGAGCCCCUGUUGCUUUUGGAAACCUUGGGGAAAUACGACACCCUCGACGACGCGGCUCAAUUUGCCGCGCUGAAAGGGGUUUACAAAUGCCUUGGUCGUUCCAUGUUUGAGGAGGCGCUGAUUGUGCGUGUCAUCAUACCCCUGAUGCGUCGCGAGGGACUGCAGGAGAACCGACUUCGAUACGCCCUUCCAAUUCUUCUGCAGUGCUGUCGGUGCGUAUCUGCGCAGGUGUUUGUCACACACCUGCGGGACUUCUUUACGGCUCUUUUGAGCGGAGUGAGUGCCGCAGAAUCCUUUGAACGCUGCGGCGAUUUUGCGGAGGUGAUACUUGAGAAGAUGGAUCCUUUACUGCAAUACUUCAGCGAGGAUUGCGACAGGAAUGAGAUCAUUUUACCCUUCCUCGAGCGGUGUGUUGAGGCGAAGCUUGAACAUGAGAAGGUGACAAAACUGGCGGUGGACCGUAUUGCCCAACUGGCGGAGGCAGGCGGUGGAUUGAAGUUUUCCGACUGUCUACCCGACCAUUUGGUAGAUCUCUUACUCAGUGAUCCUCACAGGGCCACGUCCGUGUUCGUGUGUUUGGAGCGUGUGGUGCGCUACGCGUCGGUUGCGACGCGGCAGUUGGUUGAGGCUCGCCUCAUUCACUAUGCAGGCGCGUGUGCUUCAGAGCCGGGAAGGACGACGGACACCCUAAGUCGGGCGCUCUCCCUCGUUGAACGUUUACAUGAGGGGUUUUCGCGGGAGCAUAAGGCCACGCGGAGCAUUCCGCUGAUGGCGCCCCUGCUUCUCAGCCCGUCUAGUGAAGUGUCCUCCUUCAGCCGGCGAAUGAUUGAGACACUGGUGGUGGAGGUGACGGUGCUGUCCCGUCCGGACGCCGUCCAUGAGUGUCGCCCGGCGGCCACACAUCAACCGCCUUCUGUCUCUUCCACUAGGUCCCACCACGUCUCUUUCCUCGACGCCGCGGGCGGCCCUCCAACCGUUUCCUGA